UAUUUUUUUAAAGGAACAGAAACUUUUCCCUCCGAACGAACGAAGGCAGCUAGUGAUACCCCAAACUGUCUAUGGAUAUCCCACGUACCUACAUGUUAAUAAGGGAUGGAUUUUGGGACUGUUUAUCAAAACUUCUGGCAAGAUUCUAAAAUAAAGUGUGACAAUAUAUCAUUUAAUCAUGCCGUGGUGACACAUUCGACACGUUUAUUCAUACCUCGUUAGCGAUCCAGGAACUGCAAGCGUCACCAUGACGGGACGAGGGCGUGGCAGAGGGCGGGGUCAACUGAGUUUUAACAUGGAAGUGGUCGGAAUCGGAAAAGGAGAGAAUCUACCCCCGUCCACCCUCCAGCCGACUCCACUGUUUCCUCCCAUGGAGCACAAGCCUGUUCCCUUAGUGGUGAGUGAGGAGGCAGAAUACAUGCUAGCCCUGAAACAGGAGUUUAGGGGGGCCAUGAAGACCUUGCCCUUCUACAUCAAACCAGCCGCACCAAAGAAAGACGUGGAGCGCUACUCUGACAAGUACCAGUGCAGUGAGGCCACCGAUAACCCCUCCGAAUGGGAUCCAGACUGGAGGCGACUGCCGAAAGAGCUACGCACCCGAACAAAAAGACUCCAGAAAGAGAAAAAUAAUGUCCCAUCCAAAAAAACAGUCCAACCUCGAAUAAACAAAGAGGAGAUUAUCCGGAAAUUAGAGACUCUGGAAAAGAAAGAGGAGGUGCACAGCUCAGAUGAGGAAGAGGGAGAGAAGAAGAAACAAGAGGGAGAGGAACAGGAGGGUGAAGAGGAGUACGACGAGGAAGAAUUCGAAGAGGAGACAGACUACAUCAUGUCCUACUUCAGCAAUGGAGAAGAGUUUGGAGGAGACAGCGAUGACAACAUGGACGAGGCCAUUUACUGAUUGACAUGACUGAUGGAGGACAAGAGAUGGAGAUCACAUGAGAAUGGACAGAUCACUGUGUCCUCCUCAUAGGCUGCCUGGCUAUGUAUUGGUCAUCGUGCAGAAUUUUACUGUAUUUGGUGGAAGUGUCAUUCCAGUCGGACAACGGGUGUAACAAGCACAUGAAGAUGAUGAGUUGGAGGAAAGGCUGAGACUGCACACUCUUCUUACCCAUCACUCUGCAGCACUCCAGCUUUUAUCAGAAACUCUUUUUUUUCUGCUCCUUCUUAAGAGCUUUUUUUGUAUUUUUUCGACUAAAUUACCACACUGCCAGUGUGCAUUAGUGCUAUUCGUGAACAUCUUGGUAGAUGUUUCAAAUGUUACUGAUGGUUAUUGAUGUGACCUGUUUUUUCCUCAAUAUUCUGUGUUUUAUAAAUUGAAUAGUUGUAUGGUUUUGUAAGCAAUUUUUGUAUACACAAAUAGUUGAGACUUUUUAGAGUUUUAAUGUGUUUGACUUUUUUACAAAUUUCUCUGAAUGUUUUGUUUAUGUAAUGGCUCAGAAAAUGUUAGAAUUUUAGGAAAAUAUAUGUAUGUGAAAUAAGAAUUUAGAUGUCCCACUGUGUAUAUAUGAUGCCUGUCCUUGGUAUGGAAUGAUAACAAUGGCAAUAAUAAGGAUAUUAAAAGAUUUAAUAUGCACUGAAAUAAUCAUUGGUAUUUUGCACCAUCACUAUACAAAUGCAGCCCUCCCUCCCUCUCAACAUAUUUUGUGCCUUAGAAAAUUAAUGAAUUCCAUAUUUUUUUAAGGAGUUAAUGAUGUUAGAAGCCAUGCAAAGGCCUCGAUGUGUUAAACCUUUGAAUGAUGGCAUUAUCUGGACAUGCUUCCUUUGCAAGUGUAAUUUUUCAAACCAAAGGUAGGAAGCGUGUUACCAAUAGGGGAAAACAAACAGUGCCUUUACACCACAGGGUAGUGCUCGGCAAUUAAGCAUUUUCAUACAAUAAAUGUCAGGUGUGAUUUUGUUAAUUGUGUCCCCAGAUUGGGAAGUACCGUUAUCUUACUUGCUAUUGGGCUUACGCAAUGGAGUGUCUGUUGAAAUACAACAGGUGCAACAAGCACAUGAAGAAGCACAUGAGUUCUUAUUCCUUUGUAUGCGUUGAACAUCCAGUAGGAGCAGGACAGCACACGUCUCUUAGCCAUCACUCUGUAGCACGCCAGCUUUUAUCGGAAACUUUUUUCAGCUCCUUAAGAGCUUUUUUUGUAUUUUGGACUAAAUUACUGCACUCUCCGUGUGCAUUAGUGCUCUUCGUGAACAUCUUGGUAGACUUGCUUUUCAAAUGUUACUGAUGGUAAUUGAUGUGACCUGUUUUUCCCAGUAUAUUCUGUGUUUUAUAAAGUUAAUAGUUUUA